GAUGCUAGGUGUGCUAAGUGGUAGCGGUGAAGUCGGCCCAUCAUGUUUACAAUCCGUAUCACGCAGAAAGGUCGCUAAACCAACACCUCGAUUUGUUCUGCAAAUAUAAGUCAUGUGAUAUAUGCACCAGUAUGUGUUGUUCACUUCCACCAGCGCUUAAUCAAGCUUAGCUUUCGUGUUUCAUAUCUAACGGUAGCAAUCGUGUUGUGUUAUGUUGCCUGCCAGUUUCGCGCCAUUGCCCAAUGCAUGACUUUGUUGCCCACGAUCGCUUUGACUGCUGCGUUACACCUGCACGUGAAUCUGAUCUGUGUACACAAACUGGACCACUCGUGGAGUCGCUCUUGAUUUAGCUUGAGAACCUUAUCUCCUUUGUGACGUCACAAGCGCAGAGACUAUUUCUGUGCUGUUGUCAAACUUGUGCUGGCAGAAGGACAGAGCAGCUCCUCUGUGUGGGACAACAACCACCAGAACUGCGAUUGAAUAUUCAGGAAUUCGUGUAUAUUUCUUCGAACAAAUGGUUUACUAUUCUGCCUCUAAUCGCUAAAAGUCAUGGAGCUGUUGUCUUUGGCUAAGAGGAAGAGGGUUGACUCUGGUGAGCAGGACGAGCCAGUUAGCAAACCUUCAGCCUCUACAGACUCUGAAACUUCUGACAGCGACGACGAGUGGACAGUGGGCGGUACUAAAGGUAAAAGGAAACUAAAACCAGGGAAGGGUUCUGAAAAGAAGAGCACCACCAAGAAGAAGGUGAAUAAAGCCUCUGGCAGCUCAGAUGGAGACAGUUCAGGAGAAAGCUCCGCUCCAGAGGAAGGCGAAGUGUCUGACUCUGAGAGCAACAGCUCCUCCUCCAGCUCAGACUCGGACUCGUCUGAGGACGAUGUUUUCCGGGACGGGUACGAUGACGACCUGAUGGGUGACGCUGAGGACCGUGCUCGACUCGAGCAGAUGACAGAAAAGGAGAGAGAGCAGGAGCUUUUCAACAGAAUCGAAAAGAGAGAAGUGCUCAAGAGACGGUUUGAAAUUAAGAAGAAGCUGAAAACUGCCAAAAAGAAAGAGAAGGAGGAAAAGAAAAAGAAACAAGAGGAGGAACAGGAGAAAAAGAAGCAAUCUCAAGUGCAAGACCCUCAAGUGGUGAUGUCACACAAUAAGGAAAGACGGUCCAAACGGGCUGAAAAACCAGACAAAAAGUCACAAGCUAUGGAGGAGUUGAAAGCCGAGCGUGAAAAGAAGAAAAACAAAACGGCUGAGCUGCUUGCUAAACGUCAGCCGCUGAAGACCAGCGAGGUUUACUCUGAUGACGAAGAGGAGGAAGAGGAAGACGACAAGUCCUCCGUGAAAAGCGAUAGGAGUUCACGCUCUUCUUCGUCUUAUGAUGACGACGAGAAAGAGGAGAGUCCACCAAAAUCACAGCCAGUCUCACUACCGGACGAACUCAACAGGAUCCGACUGUCCAGGCACAAGUUAGAACGCUGGUGCCACAUGCCCUUCUUCGCUAAAACAGUGACCGGCUGUUUCGUCAGGAUAGGCAUCGGGAACAGCAGCAGCAAACCAGUUUACAGAGUGGCUGAGAUCAUGGACGUUGUUGAAACGAUGAAGGUGUAUCAGCUGGGAUCUACACGGACGAACAAAGGACUGCAGCUAAGGCACGGUGGAGACACACGAGUCUUUCGACUUGAGUUUGUAUCGAAUCAGGACUUCACAGAGCAUGAGUUCAUGAAAUGGAAAGAGGCGAUGGUGGUUGCAGGGAUGCAGGUGCCGACACUGGAUGAAAUCACCAAAAAGGAGCAGUCCAUCAAAGAAGCCAUGAACUACAAGUUCAACGACAAAGACAUUGAAGAUAUUGUCAAAGAAAAGGACCGGUUCCGAAAAGCACCUCCAAAUUACGCCAUGAAGAAAACGCAGCUAUUGAAAGAUAAGGCCAUGGCAGAAGAGAGCGGGGACGGCGACAAGGCCAAGGUCAUCCAGGAUGAGUUGAAUGAGCUGGAGGAGAGAGCGGAGGCGCUGGACAGACAGAGGACCAAGAGCAUCUCCGCUAUCAGCUACAUUAAUCAGAGGAACAGAAGCUGGAAUAUUGUGGAGUCUGAAAAGGCUCUUGUGGCUGAGGGACAGAACUCCAAAAACCAGCAAAUGGACCCCUUCACUAGAAGACAGUGCAAACCCACAAUGGUGUCUAAUGCCAGAGACCCGUCAGUCCAUGCAGCUAUUCUCGCUCAUCUGAAUCAAAAGUAUGGCUCCGGUUCAGGUGCAGAUCCUUCCACGGCAGGAAAAAACAAAGUGGGACCAGCAGAGACAAAAGAAAAAGAUGUUCCCAAGCCAGCCACUGACCUCUCAGAAGACUUGUUCAAAGUUCAUGAUUUUGAUGUGAAGAUUGAUCUCCAGGUUCCAAAUGCAGAGGCCAAGUCUCUGUCUGUGAGCUCCAACGCACUGCCGGUGAAGGACGGUGCUCCCCGCAGGUCACUUAAUUUGGAGGACUACAAGAAAAGAAGGGGGCUGAUCUAACAUGGCCAGUUUCUGAUUCAGAAACCAGAUUGCUGGUGUCUUUGGGUGAGGAAGUGUGAGAGCGUGUGUUUGUGUGUAUGCGGGAGUGAAUGGCAAACAGACUUUUUAUCCAGACAAAGAGGAAAUAAUUAUUGUGCGACAUUUUUCUCAAGGAUCUCUCUCGGAAAUCCAUAUUUUUGUUGUUAUUUUUCAAUUAUCCCAUUUGAGCUCCAGUCCUUUUAAUGUAUCCAUCAUCGCUCCUCUCACAUGGAUGACCUGAAGUUCAUAGAUUUCUGUGUUGUGGUUGGGGAGCAAGGACACUAUUCUAACACUGUUGGGAGGCCACCAGCUUGUCUACAAGGAACAUAAACUGCUGUCAAUAAUCUUCGGCCACUCCUAGUGUUUCAGUCACUCCUCAGUAAGGGAUGAUCUCAAGCUCUAACAAAGCCCAGCCUAUGGAUCGCUGUCUACAAACUUGAAUUGAAUGUUUGGUACAUGUCGACUGGUUGUCCAACUUUUUAUCAAAGACCUGAUUAAAGAUGAAACAUUUUCUAUGACUGGGUAAAGUGUUGCUUAUUUUCUUCUCACUUGUUUGGCCCCUUACUCCAAGAGGAGGAGCGAUGUGUUAUCAAUUGUUUAUAGUCAGUUUCUGUAUCUAUGUGGCAUGCCAUGUAAAUAUGCAUUUUUGAGUGAGAUCGAAAAAAAU